AUGACCGCCGCCUCCAUCUCCGCCUGCAGCGAAUGCCUUCUCCCACGCCGCCCUCUCGGCCCUCACGCGCCUCCGCGCCGCAGCGCCCACGCCAAGCCGUUCCCCAGACCCGCGUUCACCCCGUCCCUGCCCGCCAGCCUCCUCUCGAAUCCCCGUGCCGUCUGCCGACCGCCGCGCGCUGACCGUGCUGCCGCACCGCGCGCGCAAUUAUCGUCGCACGACGAUCUCGAGGGACGACAGCAGCGCGACACGUGUCUAUCCCGCCGGGACGCCCUCCUCUCCCUCGCGCUGCUCCCCCCCUCCCUCUCCGCCGCGGCGCUCCUCUCCCCGUCACCGUCGCUCGCCGCGUCGCCGGCGGCCCCCGACACGACGGUGACGCACCGCGCGUUCCUCGACUUCGCCGUGUGUCCGACGGCCGUGCGCCUCGACCGCACGCUGGGCGACGACGCGCUCAUCUGCGCCGACGGCGAGCCGCUCGGGCGCGUCGUGCUGGGGCUCUACGGGCGCGCGGCGCCCGACACGGUGGCGCAGUUCGUGCGCAUGGUGGCGGGCGACGCGGGGUCGACGUACAGGGGGAGCGUGAUCCACCGCUCGCUGCCCGGGCAGUACGUGCAGGCGGGGCAUCAGGGGCAGGUGGCGCGCGGGGACGUGGCUCCGCCGACGCUGCUUCCGCCGAACCGCGACACGGUGGCGGUGGCGUCGUUCGCGCUGAGCCACCUGCGGCCCGGCACGCUGUCGCUGUGCGUGGGGGAGAACAACGACGACGAGCGCGCGCGCGCCCGCAGCAACUACCGCAACGUGGAGUUCCUCAUCACCACGGGCCCUGGCCCGGCCACGCAGCUGGACGGCGACAACAUCGUCUUCGGCACCGUGCUGGAAGGCAUGGAGGUGGUGGCGGCGGUGGCAGCAGUGCCCACCUUCCAGCCCAGCGACCGCAUCCGCCAGUUCAACGACUUCGCUGCGCUGCUGGGGGACGACCGCGCCGCCAAGGGCCGCGGCACGUGGAACCGCCCUCUUAAAGCCAUCGUCAUCCAGGACUGCGGGCUGCUGGAGUGA